AUGGCCUAUCCCUCGACUCUACCCGCCCCCUCCUCUCGUCUGCUCAACCUCACCCACCUCCGACCCGCUCUCCCGUCCGACUCGCUCCCCCGUCCGACCCUCUCGACCCGAUCGCUCGCUGUGCUAUCCUCCCCGCUCUCCUCGCACGAUCUCAUGCCCACUGGCCGGCUCGCCCGCACCGUCCACAUCCCCUCGCGCAUCCUCGACACCACCCACCAUCCCGGCACGUCCUCCGCCUCCUACACCUUCGUCAACACCUCUGCCUCCGACGCCACGUCCGCCGUCACCACCAUCGCCACCCACAUCACCACCACCACCACCAUCGCCGCCGCCGCCUCCUCCACCUCCUCACGCCGCUCCUCCGAGUCCUCGCGCACCAGGCCCAGCGCUAGCCGCCACGACCGCGACCGCACCCCGCAGGAUCGCUCCAAGUCCAUGUCCGCGGUGAGCACCGCUCACAUACGCGCCGCCCUCCUCGACCAGGCCGCCGCUGCCGCAUCCGCAUCCGCAUCCUCGCGCACUGGCUGGCCUUCCCUUCCCCCGGUGCCACGCCCCCCUCCACCCCUGGCUGCUGCCUUCCGCGUGCGCAUCUCCCUCGCGGGGCGCAUCAAGGAUGGCCUUGCCUGCCCGACUCUGCCGCCGACGUCGGCGACAUCCCCUGCCUUUGCGCCCACGCUCAGCAAGCUCAUUCUGCCCCUGCGCCCCGACUCGGCGUCCAUGCAGGAGAGCGGCUCCUCGCCCUCGCACGACCCCUCCUCCACCGACUCGCCGUUGCCGUCGCUUCCUCAUUCUGGGGAUGAUGGUCUUCAGCCCGACGGUCACGACAGCGAGCUGAUUACAUUGUUGUGCGCAUUGACGCUGGAGCGCGGUAUGAGGAAGCCUGCCCUGAUGGAAGAUGCGAGCCAUGAGUGCACGCGCCGUGAGCGCGGUGGCGUCGUUUGCGAGGACCUCGACGGCCGAGUCAUUGACGACGCGGAUGAAGUUGAGGGUCCGACGCGUCGAGGUGGAUAUGUUAGAGGACCGGAGCUUAGCCACCUUGGUCUCGGCGCCUUCUGUGGGGGGAGAGCAUGCACGUCGCGCGGCCAGUCGCCGACGGCGCUCGACAGCGAGCGCUUCCAACUUUGGGACAAUGUUAACGCCCGUCCACCCCUCGGCACUCGCGCGCCCCUGGAAGCAGGCCUUGAGGAGGUCGCCUUCACGCCCUCUGCACGCGAGGGUCGCCUAAAUGAUGUAGUGUGA